AUGACCAUUAAAAUGGAUCAGAAGAUGAUCAUCGUGUGCUCGGUCAUCGGCUCUCUCGGGGUGCUGAGUGCCAUCCUGGGGUUCUCGGCCGAGGGCACCAAGCUCACUAUUCUGGACGUGUACGUGGGUCUCGGGGUGUGCCUGUACCCGCGGAACCCCGCGCUGGGGCUCGGGGUGUGCGCGGCCAUCUUCCUGGUCGUAGCCCAGAUCAUCUUCGCGGCCCUCGGCGGUUGCUGCGGCUGCUGCAAGUCCCGCUCCAUGCCCUCCGGGAGCAAACGGAUCAUCGGCGUCGUCUGUGCCGUCUUCUCAUGGAUUGUGGCGGCGGUUGCCUUCGGGCUGCUGGUGGUAGGCGCGGCCGGGAACGCCACAGGGGCGCGGGAACCGACAAGGCUCGGCUAUUGCUACAUCCCCGACGACGGCAUUUUGGCCGGCGGCGCGGCGCUCUCGCUGGUCGCCACGGCCCUCGGGAUCACCUCCUAUGUGAUGCUCCGCAAGCAGCCUGCCACUGUUGCCGAGGCCACCGCGCCCAAGGAAGGCGAGCAGACGCCGGCGGGCGCCGCGGGAAUCUCGACGGGGCAGCCGCAGUUCCCGCAGCAGCCUCCCCAGGGGCAGACGCCUCCCGCGCCGACCAACUACCCGGAGUACUCUGCACCGCCCCAGGGGAAGCCGUAUGACCAAGCGCCUAACCCGCACUACCCGCCUCCUCCGGCACAGGGCUAUGGAGCGCACGCACCCAACCACCACCAGCAGCAGCUUCCCCCUCCUACUGCAGAAGGUUACGGAGAGCUGAGCCAGCAGUACCCCCCUCCUUCUGCUCCUGCAACUGCGCAGCUCCAUGGUGGACCGCACACGCCUCCUUUAGGACACGAACAGGUGUAA